CCCACGAAGCGACUUGUAACCGGGGCCGGGGAAGCUGCUCCUUUGGGGCGCUAAGAGGGUAGGAUCUCCGACGUUACCAACGUCGGGAUGGGAAAUUCCUCAAAAGCCCACCGCCCCGAGGCUCCAAGUUUCUCCAAACAGUAAGCGAGCUCCAUAACCGAAGCAUUGGUGAUAGGACACGAAAAAGAUAUGGGGAACAAAGAGAAAGCGGGGGAGCGAAGAGAAAAGAGGAUGCAAGAGAUCUCGAUUCUCAGGACCAUUCCUUAUUCUGAUCACCAGAGGUGGUGGUCUAAGGAAACAGUUGCCGUGGUUACUGGUGGAAACAGAGGUAUUGGAUUUGAGAUUUGUAGACAACUUGCUGGACAUGGAUUGACUGUUAUAUUGACAUCAAGGGAAGCGGGUGCUGGUUGUGAGGCAGCUAAGGUCUUGCAAGAAGGUGGUCUUAACGUAGUUUCACAUCAGCUGGAUGUCUUAGAUUCUUCGUCCAUCUACCAUUUUGCUGAGUGGUUACAGAAAAAUUAUGCUGGUUUGGAUAUUCUGGUAAACAAUGCUGGAGUUAAUUUCAAUCUUCGGUUUGAUAACUCUGUUGAAAAUGCCCUUAAGGUUAUUGAAACAAAUUACUAUGGCGUUAAGAGCAUGACUGAAACUAUGAUCCCAUUGAUGAAGCCUUCCACUGCUGGUGCUCGUAUUGUAAAUGUGAGCUCGCGUCUCGGUAGACUAAAUGGUAGACGUAAUCGAAUCAGUGAUGUAGCCUUGAGGGAGCAACUAAGUGACGAGGAAUCUCUUUCGGAAGAACUGAUUGAUAGGACUGUGUCCACUUUCCUACAACAAGUAGAAGAUGGAACCUGGACGUCAAAUGGGUGGCCUCAAACCUUUACCGACUACUCAGUGUCAAAACUUGCAGUCAAUGCUUAUACAAGACUCAUGGCAAGAAAGCUUCCUGAGCGACCCCAAGGUCAGAAGAUUUACAUCAACUGCUACUGCCCUGGCUGGGUGAAGACUGCUCUUACAGGUUAUGCAGGAAAUAUUACAGCUGAGGAAGGAGCUGAUACUGGAGUCUGGCUUGCCCUUCUUCCUGACCAACCUGUAUCGGGGAAGUUCUUUGCAGAAAGGCGGGAGAUUAAUUUUUAAGCAAUCUAUGUUCCAACCAACAUUAGAAGCCGAGAAAGGAAAAGAACUUUUUAGAAGUCCUAGUCCGUGUAGUGUGUAUGUGUGAAAGGCAGUUAUCAUCCUUGGGGAGGGAGAUAAAGUCUAUUAGCAUGACAUCCAGAAGGAGAUUUUAGGCAGUUUCGUGAUCAAAUCCAUGUUAAAGCUAAGUAACUAACCAUGUAUGGAGUUAACCUUGAUGUUUUAUUGAUGCUUGGGGAAUGAUAAAUUAUAUUGAGUUCUGUACGAAUUCCCUAUAGCAUUGGAUUAUAAACAAUUUAUGUUUAUUUAUAAAGUGGUAUCAGCAUGUCACUGUUAAGAUGUACUA